AUGAAAAACCUAACGGAAGCGGAGCAAAAGUAUUUGAACCAUGAUUGGGUGAAUGACAAAAAGUGGAAAUUAUAUUUGAGCAACCUAUACCCCUCACCAUCAAUGAAUAAUAUGGAAAAAUAUAAGAAAAAAUAUUUUCAGAAAAAUAUUGACAACAAUCUUGACAUAAAUACAAAUUUUGAUAGUAACAAUAAUAGUCAUAAUAGUCAAAAUAGUUUUAAUAGUUAUAAUAAUAAUAACAAUAAUAACAUGAGAGAGCAAAAACAAGAAACUUCGAAUUUUUAUUCUCAUAAUACUAAUUUUUAUAAUAACAUUGGGCAAUUACCAGUGUUCAUAUUUUUCUAUUGUACCUUUGUUUUGUGUACAAGCCUCUUUUAUUUUAUAAUUCUUUCCUUAAACUUGAGUUUAUACAAAAAAAUUGGAACCUUUAUGUCUUUGUCCUAUUUUUUCGCAUUCUUAAGUUUACUAUUUUUGGAGUACAAAACACAGAAACAAAACUUUUCCUUAUUGCAGUUCUUCUCAAGCGAAAAGGGCCAUUAUUUGUCCUACUCUUUGAUACUUUUUUUUAUUAAAGACGCCGUCUUAAUAUUUUUACCAAUUUUUUUUACUCUUCUAAUAAAUACUUACCUUAUAUAUAAACAAAUUAAAUUUAGUUUUUCUCCCAUAAUUCAAAGGAAUUAUUACUUCAACAAAAUUGUGUCUUAUUUGGACAAAACUAUCCUGAAUGUUUACAUGAUGAGGGCUAAUGUUGAGAUUUACAAUUUGCUUUUUAUAAUUAUCUGUUUGUUUCUCAAAAGGGCCAGCCUACUGAACUUAAUUAUUUAUAUGCACUUCUUUAAACUAAAAUAUAGUUCUUCAGAUUCCUAUUUUCACGCUUGCUACUCAAAAAAUGGAGAAAUGAUUAGACAAUGUUUGUCUCAUCCCAUGGUACCAAAAAUAUUUCUGACCCUAUUCAAUAAGGUGUCUCACUACCUUAAUGUAUACUUAAGUUACAGGAGGGGAUAA